AAAUUAUUUUCUCUAGCAGUGAUAUUUUAUAUUGGUAAACUGCCACCUGUGUUUUACAUGCUAUACAUUUAUCAUAGUUUAUUAAUCUCACAUUAGAUUUUAGCCUAAACAAUAUUUUGUUCGUUGGUUUAUAUUUAACUUUUUUUUUAUUACUGUAAAAUUAGCCCUGGUCUCUCCAACAUAAUGAAGUAUGAUAAGAGACUGGAUGCCAUUAUAGUCUUUAUCAGGGUAUGUAAUAAGUCUUAAGACUCUUGAAUUAAGGCUUAAUAAUAAGAGUCUUAAUAAGACUUUUGACUUAAGACUCUUCUUGCAAUAAGACUCUCGACUUAAGGUAUGUAAUAAGAUGAAGAGGCCGUAAUAUAUACAUCUCAUGUGACUUGAAAACCUCACACAACAUACACACAAAAAAAAUGAAUUCAGGUGUUCUGCAGGGCUCUGUGCUCACCUCACAAACAAAGACUCAAAGGACCUCAAAAGCUAUCUUCCAGCCUUUGCAAAAGACAUUUCGCUUAAGAUUUUACCACUAUAUGAAGAGUUUACUGGUUUCAUUUUAUAACUCACAUAGGUGGCGGGCACAAGAGGUCACGCCCAUAUUUUUAAAUCACAGUUUUAAUCCUGAGACUUUAUAUUUAAUCACAUAUUCAGACUUUCCUCUCAAACUUAAUCUUGUAUAACCAUGGGAAUUGAGGUUUUAGCUUUUAUCAAUAUGAAACUUUGUUGACUCAGUCUUGAAGCUUUCACGGGUAGCUCACCACUUCCAGGAAGUGGUACACUGAGGAACUGUUUGAGACGCUUUAUUACAAACAUUGGCAUUUAGCCUAUGCACAAAACUCAAGUAUAAGUAAGUAUAUCGUUUUUUUUUUUACAUUAAGGUACUUUGUCAUCGUCGAUUCGCGCGAGUCUCCGCGCGUCAGGAUUUGGAUAAAGUGAACUGACAUGAAUGAAUCGCGUGAGAUCAAAACUGAAACGUUUGAAUGAACGCGCCACAGUUUGACGAUAAGUAUGAAUUAUUUCCAUGUACUAUUGUGAUGGCUUCCUCAACCGAGAAACCCCGCAUUUCAGGAGCAGAGGAGAAGCAGACUGUGAAGGCCCGGCUCCUGUCUUCACAGAUGCUCCUGGUGGAUGCUCUUUAUCACUUGAGCCCUCUGCUAGACUGUGUUAUAUCUGCAGGUCUGCUCUCUAGAGAAAACUGUUAUGAAAUUGAAGCUGAACGAACGCCACCCAACAAAGUCCGAAAGCUUCUAGAGAUUAUUGACGCUCAGAUGGAUGAAAGUGGAGCCUCUAGUUUCAUGGAGUGUCUGAGAAAAUGCAAGAAACAUUACCCGCGUCUACGAACCUGGUUAACCUCAGAGGAAGAUCACUUCCAACCAACAGGCAUUACGCAAGGUCCAACAGAACGUCAACUACAGGCGCAGUUUAAUGUUUUGUGCUCACGCUUGGGCUGUUCUGUUCUGCCGGUCUCCUUCGAUCUCUUCUCCGGAGCCAUUCUGACUCAGCUGGAGCUGGAGAAAAUCCAAGCAAUACUCAUCCCAACACAGCAAGCACAAACCCUGCUGUCCAUCUGCCUGAAGAAAGGAGAAAAAGCAUGCAAGAGCUUUUACACAGCGCUAAAGAAUGAAGACGAGCAGCUAGCUGAGGAACUUAAUGUGAAAUGUUUGGUGGAAGACCUUGAUAAAAAGCCUGAAAGCAGCAUUGUGCCGAUAGCAGUGGAGGAAACCAGAGGUCACUUGAUGGCUUUCCCUCUGUCAGGAGGCCUGCAGCAGGUCAUGACUCGACUGGGCUUGACUGUGGGGGAUGAGAUUAGGUUUAAUGUCUGUGAGGUUGGUGUGGCAGUAGGUUUGCCGCGUCGGACUGUCAGAGAGUAUUUUCUGGAAGGGGUUGGCAUUGAAGACUCGGCCCAGCUGGAGGCUCUAGUGUCCCUGUAUAUAGAGAAGACAAAGGAUGCUGAGAGACUACUGAGCAGAGUGGCAGAACUCAGCCCUCGAUGGGUCCAGCUUUCAGAGAGGGGGUGCCUGCUGUUGAGGCUGCUGCAAAAAGCCGAGACUCUUCUCCGCAGCGGUAUCCACAGUCACCGGCACGGCUGGGACCACCUUCACGAUCAGGACCAAUUACGCAGCUGGGACCACCUGUGUCCUGAAGACUGCACAGAUCAGCGCACCGUGUGGGCCAUCUUCAGCUUUCUGGUGUGGGACUGCAUGGCAGAGGUUCUGGAAGAGCCGGAGGCGAAGCCUAGCGGAGGCAUACUAGGCAUGAUCGAGCAGCUGAGCGCCAGCGGCAGAGUGGAGGCCGCUUUGUUGCAGGAAGUGGAGCAGUGCUGGACCGAAGGGGAUGCAGAGAGUCUGCUGCAGAGUGUCAGAGUUCUUGCUCAGGUGCUAAGAGACCUUCAUCCCCUCCAGGAAGGCCUCCAGCUGUCCUCUUCAGUUGAAGGCUUGUUUUCCUGCAGGCCCAGCAGGCUACACCGGGUCACUUCCUUCCAGGGCGUCUCUGCGCGGGUCAUCCGUAGAGCUCUAAGCAGCAUGGUUCCAUCCUCCUCGGACCAGGACACAACUCCUCUUGCUAGACAGCACAUGGAGGCAUGCGUUCGGAUCGCACGUCUCCUAGAUGUCGUGCAGCCCAAACGAACCACCGUUGACUUUUCAAAUGCGCCCACUGCUACGGUCAUCCAGCAUGUGCGAUCUGUCUUAUCAAAUCCUGCUUUUAACUCUGAAGCCUUUGACGCGGGAGUUCGCCAUCGCUUGCUUUCAGUGUUGGAGUUCAAUCCUGCACAGCUGGGAUUGGGCUCUCUCAUGCAGCUCCACCAGGAGACCCUAUCCGAAUUCCAAACAUACUUACAACUCGGCGAGCACCACAACUUCCAGUUUAUUCUCGAAUCGGUACGGAUACUCGGAACGGCAAAGCUGUUUUCUGUCAGCAGGGUUCAUGGGCCUGUCGCCAUUGACAAUGGUGUGGAGGAGGUCAUUCGUUUUAUCACAUCAGAACCCACUUCAUUCCUUGUACGAUUGCACUGUCUUUGUUAUGAAGAGGGAAGGGGGCGCUUCAAGGUGUGUGCACCACGUUGUGCAUGUAUGUAUCUGCUCAAAGCAGAAGGGCUACGUGACAUGCAGUGGUGCGGUGGCAAUGUUUUGGCUGCGAUAGAUGGGAAAGUGUGGGUUAGAGAGGGAGAAAGUAAUGGCUGGGAUGAGCUACAGACGUUGGCUCAGAGACACUCUGCUCAGCUCAAGGAUGAAGGAUGCUGCUUCAAGGUCAAGACCUCAGGGUUGGAGUGUGAGGUCAAAUUUAUAUACAGGAGUGGAAGGCUAUGGGCUACACCACAUAGGGAUUGUGAAGUAGAUUAAAGUACAGGUAGUUGAAACGAUGCUGCAGUGACAAACGGUAGCUGUACAAAUUGAAAUUGGGUAUUGAAAUGGAAACACGCCAAUUUCACAAAAAUUGCCAAAUAUCGUUUUUAUGUUUUAAGUUUUUAUGCUUGCAUGAGGCAAUACAAAAAAAAUAUAUUUUGCAAAACUGUAAUGGAAACAGUUUUUCUGUAUUUACAGGUCACCUGGUGUAAAAAAAAAAAAAAAAAGUCACAUGAUCAUUCUUUAAUGUACUAUAAUCUCCAAGAAACACCUCAAAAGUGGCCGCUCUCAAGUAAAAAGGGCUUUCCUUGCCAUUAAUGCAUAAUAUACCCUUAUUAUGGCCAAGAAACGGUCACCAGAGCUGAUCAUGGCCACUCUAAUCAUGUGAGUCGGUGCUUGUGUUUAUACCAGGUGCGUCACAGCAAGCUACCCACAAUGCUUCGCAAAAGAUACACGCCUACUUCUCCUUUGAUUAAACCUAAGCCUAGUGUAAGGUAGUGUACAGUACCUACCUAAACCAGCUAGUGUCACAUGCUGGAUUUCAUUUAAAAGUAUUUUAAAGUUUUGUCCCUCAAAUUUUUAUCAUCUUA